CAAUUCCGUACACAAAAGCUCGGCUGAUGACGUGUACAUCCUGCUCUGUCGUUAGCUGGCUAGCUUAGCCACCUGUCAGAGUAAAGGGGGUAAAAUAAAGAGAAUAGAAAGGAAAAGGGGUACGAAAAGAGUUUCAGCGAAUCCAUAAAGAUGGAGACGCUUUACCACCAGACCAACAAGCAAAUCCAGGAGGUGCAAUCUCAGAUGGGAAACCUGGAAAGGACAGACCGCGAAUCAGUUCACUUGUUAGAGAAUGAACUACAGGCUAGAAUCGACCAGAUCUUCAAUCAUCUGGAACGUCUCGAGAUCCUGGCCAGUAAAGAACCACCAAACCGCCGUCAGAACGCCAAACUACGAGUGGAUCAGCUGAAGUACGAUGUUCAGCACCUGCGGACAGCUCUCCAAAACCUCCAGCACAGACGCUGCACAAGAGAAUCCCAGGAAAGAGAGAGGGAGGAACUCCUCAGCCGCACCUUCACUACAAAUGAUGCAGAUACCUCCAUCCACAUAGAUGAGGCCAUGCAGUUAAACACCGGUCUGCACAACGCACACCAAGGCAUGGAUAAUCUCCUGGGCAGCGGUAGUAGCAUCCUCAACGGUCUCAGAGAUCAAAGAUCAACUCUCAAGGGGACGCACAGGAAGAUGCUGGACGUGGCCAACAUGUUGGGCCUCUCUAACACAGUAAUGAGACUAAUAGAAAGACGAGCCACCCAGGAUAAGUUAAUCAUGGUUGGAGGCAUGUUGUUGACCUGCAUCUUCGUGUUCCUCGUCAUCAGAUACCUGGGCUGACCACCAUCCACCUUCUACAGUUGAUCAGUUGUGGACAUUUAAAGGAAUGCAUCAUCCCACAGAAUAUGACAUUUAAAAUUUAAUGUGAUUUUUUUUUUUUUUUAAUAAAAUUUGCCAUUAUUUUUUGUUUACUUUCAAUAGACCCACACCAUGUUAUUUUGGAAACAUGCUAAACAGUUAGGCUGAAGAAGUUCCUAUUUGCAGACAGUAUUUCAUAGAAUCUGAAACGUUUGUCGAUCAGUUCACUGCUUUUCAUAGACUUACAGCCGAACAUGGACUCUACUCCAGACCUUUGUACAAACAGCUCGUGCUUUAUUUUCCAUGAAGAAUUUCCAUUAAUGUAUGAUUGAAAAACACAAAUCCAAGUGUGUAAAAACAUAUAGUACUGUUUCAUUCUUUUAGUCAUGUUUCAUUACCUGUAAUCUGCGAUCCACUGAUUUGUGAGGUUUAGAGUUGUUGGAUAGUUUAACUGCCUAACACAACAGUACUAUUAAAGGUCGUGGAAAAUAACACCAGAGAGCGACUAUAAUGCUAAACAGUCUGUUUGAACCAUAAGCUACUAUGCCUGGCUAAACAAUAAGGAGUUACCACUUAAUGACCCUUUCAUCUUAAGUUUAGUAGAAAUAAUAAUCUGAUAUGAUUUAUGUACUAGCUGCAUAUCUUAGCAUUGCUAACCAUCCAUUUUUCUUAUAAAGUACUGGAAAAAUGUUUUGUGCCUUGAUGGAUAGGGCAGCUUGACAUCUCUGAAGUUGGGAUUCUUUUAUUUAAUAGAAAAUGAUAAAAAAAAUUCUAAGCUUUAACUUUGUCACCUUGUAUAUUACCUAUAGAAAUAGUCAUUGCCAUCUCUCAUGUAGAAAGGUACACAUUUUCAGGCAGUCAUCUUUUCUGUUUUGCUGAUCCACCACAAAAAAUAAUUUAUUGUAUCUUUUACUUGGUCAACAGUUUUAUAAUUUGCCAUUAUCUGUAUUCAGUUAUCCACUUUGGAAUACAUGUUUAGGUGUUAAUGAUAGCUUCAGCUUUUUGGUGUAAAUUCCUUGUCAUCCCGAUUGGUCAUUAUUAAAUUCAAUUUCUGUGUUG